AUGCUGCAGUACGGUGCAGAAGCCUACCAAACGCAGACUCUGCACAAUCUGGAUGUCCCGUUUGGAACAGAUCUGGCAGCAAGCCUCGCCCCGCCUUUCGACCCCAGGUCUCUGAAUGCUCACUUCUACGAUGCCGCAGCGGACGGCCCUGUGCCAGUCUGUCCCUCCUCAAUUAAUGGUUGCUUUGGCUUGUCACGGCCCACAGAUUCAAUUCACCGUGGCGAAGAGUGGAACUCUAUGGACCCUUUCGGUUCCACGGUGGUCGAAUGUUAUGGAGCAGUUGUUCAUCCUCAUGGGCAGGAAUUCCAGCGCCAUGCUACUGCAAGACAGUUACUUCCCGCCGAACCUUUGGCUACGGCGCCUGCAGGGACACCUUUCAGUCCAAACACGGGUGAGUACGGGGGCCACGGGAGCGGACCCUACGGACAAGCAUGCUCGCAGCGCACAGUUUCGUGUCUGCAAGACCAGGAAGACACGCUGCGACUUCAAUUUGUCGAUGUUUCGAUGCAUCACGAGGCUCAUGAGCGCCAAGCUCUGAGCGACCCGGCGAGCAAUCCAACGUGGGGCUUUUCUCGUGACCGCCCUCUGCCACUCUUUGGAAUUGAAUCGCGGGACUUGUUUACCAACGGUGGACACGACAGCUUGGCGACAAGCGGAACGACGAGCGCCCUAGGGUUGAGUCGGUCGCUGCCAGGCUCGACCUUGACGUCAAACGAUGCAUGGCUAAGUCGAAGCGAGGAGGAAUCUCUGCCAGGCCCGGCUUUCUUGGUGGGAGGCAGAGCAUCAGCUUCAGCGUCCGCUCAGGACACCCAUCAGCGUAGCGUGCCAUUCGAGUCAAGCUUCGGCCCCGCUGGGAACUUGGGGUUUUUUGGCGAAGGGCUGAAAUCGAGUUCCAGCAACGAAGUUGCGGGGGCGAACCUGGGAGGCGGUCGAAUUGAGGAGGGAUGUAUCGGAUCAAAGAAACGUGUAUGGUACCGGGCACCGAAUGGGCAGUUUGCUUCGGCGACGCAGGCGCUCUCCGGACAGCAUACUAUGGAUAGUCAUGGCAACGAUGAACAGAGUAGCCAAUCGAGCAGCGUGGGCAUUCGGCGAAUCCGAAGACGUCGGAAGUCGGAAGACGUGGAACGCAAGUAUCGAUGCGAUUACGAUGGCUGCGACAAGGCAUACGGCACGCUGAAUCAUCUCAACACGCAUCGCGCGACCAAUGAGCAUGGGCCUCGACUUAACGCCGUAGGUUAUCGAAGGGCUUUUGCCGAGUGGGAGCGUCGACAGACAGCAGCACAGCGGAGCUAA